GCAAAUACGAAUAUAAUCUAAGUGCUGGCUUUAAUACGGUAUAGUUUGAUGCUACCACGAAAGAGUAAAGUUGUAAUAAUGCUAGUACCGCUGCUAGGCUGACCAUUUUUGACGCUCGAGGAUUGCAUUACAAAAGACAAGCCAAAAUGGAGCAACAAAUUGUUGUGAAAACGGAAAUGCAGCCCAAUGAAGAAAUACUGCUGUUCUAUGUAGACGAAGAAGACGGCACAACCGAACAUGGAGUGGUGACAACUAUUGAAAACAUCGAGCAACAACAAGUAGCUCAGCUUCAAGAAGACAACACCUAUCAUCUGGUUGAGCAAACCAACAUUCCCUAUGAAGAGCCAAUGGAAGAGAACCCAACUGAAGAGGACCACGUAUGGUCCAAGGAAAAAUGGUCGGACGAUGAAACCAAACGACUUCUAGUAUUCUAUGUUGACAACAAAACCUCUUUCAUAGGAGGAGCAACAACAAAGAAACAUCUAUGGACAGUAGCCUGUAAAACUAUGCUCUCAAAUAAAAAUCAUGCAGCAUGUGAAAUGAAGCUGCGAAAUCUAAAAAGAAAGUAUACUCAGUUACGGAUCGAACAAGAGAAGGGAUUCGAUGUCAUAUGGCCGUAUUUCCAACUGAGCCACCAAGCUUUUCACGAUGACAGAUUUGUUAACGCUGUUUUAGAGGAGGAAAGAGCCAAAAUGGCGGCCAAACCUGUAGUACCGGUCAUAUCUAAUGAUGACGCUGGCAUUGUGGUCGUCAAAAAGGUUAAUUCGAAACAUGCUGGAGACGGUAAUGUUGAAGCAAUGUUAAAUUUAUACUUGAAACACAAAAAGAUUAGCACCCAUAAAGUUAAACAAAGAAACUUGUGGCAAAACAUAGCUUUACAGAUAGGCACAGAUGACGGUGAUUACUGGCAUAAACGCUUCCUGAAUUUCAAGAGUAACUAUAUAAGGUUACUGGAGAAAAGAAACUUGGAAGGUCCAGAUUCUAUAAGCUGGCCUUACAUGAAACUGUUCGAUCAGAUUUAUGAAGGAGACGAAGAAUUCCAGAAAAAACAUGGACCGCAGAGACAUCAGCCUCCAGUAAAUAUAGAACAAUAUCAAACGGUUCCGGCAGAAUCUCUUGAACAUCUCUGGAACCAAACAGAAUUGACUGUUCUUGUUAAAUACUACUUUGACUGCUACCAAGAGUUUCAAGAUAAAACCAUACCAAAUAAUUUCCUAUGGAAUGAGGUUGGGCGUCUGAUAGACAAAAGUCCCGAGUCUUGCAAAACUAAAUAUGAGGAAUUAAGGGCAGAGCAUCUCGGGAAAUAUAUUGAAGGGGGAUAUGAGACCCGCAAUCGUACGCCACUUGCGAUUUUAUUCGACAAUAUAAUCUGUAAAGACGUCCAGCUGGAAAUAGCUACAAAGAGUCUUAGAGCUGCUGAAAAUGACAUGUGGAAAACUGAGGAGUUGGAUGAAUUGGUGCAGUUCUUCUAUGACAAUGUGGAAGUUUUCAAAGAUUCAGUCUGUUACUUUGUGUGUUGGGCGGCUAUCUCUAAGAAGCUUCGGAGGACUAUAGCCGCUUGUAGGAAGCAGUGGAAAGAGUUAGCCAGACUGUACAAGAGUAUUCUGGAUGAUAAAAGGGAGAAUCCGGAUAUGCAGAUUGACUGGCGAUAUAUUGAGUUGUUUGACUGUAUAUUUGUUUAUGGUAUGGAUACGCAGCUUCUUGAUGGAUAUGAGAAGUUGCAGGUUCAAGAGGAAUCUGAUAAAGUCGGAGUAAAGAAAGUCGAUAUCAGAUCGGACGACGAAAAUGAAUUCGACGAAAUAUCAGAGGAAGAAUCUUACGACGAGCGAGGUUUCAUGAAGCGCUCCAAACGCCGCCCUGGCGAGUCCAAGUCGUUCAAAAUACUCGAAUACUACCAAAAAAACAAGGACAAGUUCAACUCUCCUUUCCGCAAGAAGCUAGGGCUUUGGGAAGUCCUAGGAAAAGAAAUAGGCAUUUCAGCCACCCAGUGUGCACACAGAUUCAGAAACCUAAAACAGGUCUACACGAAAUAUGUCCAAAGAGAAAUCAAUAAGCCCGACAAACCUAUCAUGUGGCCGUAUUACGCGCAUUGCAAAAAGGUCUUCGGAUACAGAGCCAUUAAAUCCAAAUUGCGAAAUGGCAAGAAAGACACUGAUGAUGAAGAAGACUGGUCCGCUAAAGAAAUAAAGCAGCUGAUCGUUUAUUUCUCUCAGAAUUUUGAUGACAUCAACUCGAAUUUGGAGGAUAAAAGCAAAUGGUCGGCUUUAGCAGCGGAAAUCGGUAAAUUGGAAGAUGCAUGCAGCGAAAAGUUGCUAGAACUGAGAAAGUCUUACAGGAAACUUAAGACGAUGAAAACUAGGAAUCCUGAUGUUAAGAUUAGUUGGAAGUAUUUCAGCAUGUUUGAUGAAAUUUAUACUGCGAGGGAGGAGGGGGGUGAAGUUGUCCAGGAAAUUGAAAUAAAUGGAGAUGGAUAUGAAGAAUUAAAUCUUUCUGACGUUAAGAUUGAAGCACAAGAUGACGACUUCCAAUGUAUAAUUGUGAUACCUGAAGGUCAGGAUAUAAAUGACAUGAGCAAUGCCCAAAUAAUCAUGCCAGAAAAUGGCCAAAUGCCGUCGUACAUACAAGUCCAAGCAGAAAACCAACAAACAGUCAAGAAAUGGACUAAAAAGACGAAAAAAACAUUGCUGAUACACUAUAUUAACUAUUUGAGGAUGAACAAAGGGAAAGAAAUAAAUGCAAGUGAUAUGUGGAAGGAAAUAUCAGCUAAAUUGGACAUGUCUCCACUAUCUUGUAGAAAAAUGUUUGCCAAAUUGAAAGAAAAUCACUUGCAACUAGCCAAUGAAGUUGAUCCCAACAAAAAGAAGACGCCCUAUUACACGCUGCUUGAGAAAAUAGUAGCUAUGAAGCCCAAAUUCACUAAAACAGGUCAAAAAAAGAGUUUAAAAGAACAAAAAGUUUAUACAGAUGUUGCUAUUCCUGAUGAGAAAGUUCAACAAGCAUUAAUUUACUAUUUAGAGCAUGUGGAAGAAUUUGUAAGUCCCAAAUUUGAAAAUAAAUAUCUAUGGACAGAACUGGCCAAUCACAUCUCAGAGCCUCUAAACAACAUAUUGAGUAAAAUCAACUAUUUGAAGCAGAAUUUCGAUAGUCAGACUGGAAAAGUAGCAGGAGAAGACACGCCAUUUAUUGACAUUUUAAGGGAAAUUGUAUCAAAAGAAUUUACUCUUACAAGCAACAUUCAAAAUGAGCCGAAGCCUGACCAAACAGAGACUAAAAUAAACGAGGAAACAUGGACUGAUGCGGAAACUGAGCAACUACUUAGUUGGUAUUUGGCCAAUUUGGAGAAAUUCAAAAACCCAAAAUUCGUUCGUAGUUACCUUUGGAUGGAGGCAGCGGAUAUACUAAAAAAGAGUGCUUUGGUAUGCUCUAAAAAGAUGACUCAAAUCAGGACACAGUAUAAAACUCUAAUAAAAGAGAGUCCCGAAGAACUGAAUAGCUGGAGGUUCUAUGAUUUGUGCCAGAAAAUAUACGGGACGGGGAAAAAGAAUACUGAGAGUAUGAUGAUUUUGGAUACGACACAACACGUCUAGUUCAUUGAUACUUGACUUGUCAAGAAAAGUGUCAGGAACCUUGCGGGUAAAGUAAGGACGCUAAAAACGAAGAAUUUCGUACAUUGACCCGGCUAUUCCUAUCUCUAUCGCACGAGUGUAAAUAUUAUACUAUCCCGCUCAUUAUGUUGAGGCCGGACGGGCGGGGGUUUAAGGCCUGACCAUAAAUAUAUGAUUACAGUCAAGAGGGCGCUGUUAUUAUGAUGUAUGGAGUGACAGUUUACUAAUAUAUGAAGUAAAUACUUUAAUGAAAUUAACCACUCAAUUGCUUUAAAAUUUUCAAUGGACUCUAUUGUCAAGUAAAAUAAAGGUGACAGCUGGUAACUAGAGCUACCAAAAACAACAUGGCGCGUAGUCAUAUAUGUCUGGUCUUUAAUGAUACUGUGCAAAGAGGACAGCUAUAUAAUACGUGUGAGACAAAGAUAGGGUCAAUGUCCUUUAUUCUUCGUGAUUUGCGAUCUUUAGUCGUGUUUUGUCAAUCUACGUUAGAAAGCAUGCUUCUUCGCGCGACUUUGUUCGUUUUGCACUAGAACUGAGUAAGUGAAGUGUUCAUAUCAAAUCGAUGAAAGAGAUUUGGUUAUUUGCGUUUUUUGUAACGCUAAGAUGCUGACUAUUAAUAUAGAAUCAUGGGCUUUUAAUUUUAAAGUAAUUUCCAUUUUAUGUUGUAUAAGUACACGUUAUUAUACAGUUUUAGGUUAUACAUGAAGUAAAUAAAU